UCCCGGAAUCCUUCUCCUUAGCGCUCUCCUUACUGAAAGUCGGAGACCUAAGAAUCCGCACUCUUUCUCUUCUCGUAGAGGUCCUAAUUAGUUUUAACUGGGCAACAUUAUCAUUUCUCCCAUUCUCCCUAUCUUUUUAUUUUUUUCUUUUUUAAUUCUACAUAUUUUUCUCUCAAAAUCAGUCCUUUUUUAGAUAACCAUCACUUUUGCUUUCCUCUCUCUCUCUCUCUCUCUCUUAAUUUCCAGAAUUCUUUUUAGUCUUUUUUCUUUACUUUUUCUCAAUUAAUGAUUUUUUUAGCUUCCAUGUCGAUUUUCAAUUUCUGCCACCGUUUUGUUCCUUGCCUUGCCGAUCCAGCAAGGAGAUCUUCGUUGGGGUUGAAAGCAGCAUUAGUGCUGUUGCAUAUUGUAUAUGCGGGCAUUCUCUUUCUUUUUGACAGUGAUUUAAUAGAGAAAACAAAACAAAAGCCAUGGUCCUACACUGGAUUAUAUCUGUUGCUGUUUGUUGCAACAUUGAUUCAAUACUUUGUUACAUCAUGUUCUUCUCCCGGCUAUGUCCUUGAUGCAAUGAGGGAUGUGAAUGAGAAAAGUUCUUUAUUUAGAAAGGCAUCAAUGAUGUCCAAACAGCCUGCUUCAAGCAAAAAUGGUAGCUUGGCUAUUACUGUGGAAGGAAGUCAGUCAGAAAGAAAUAUUCCAGGAAGUAAUGUUACAUCUUGGACAAAGCUUGUUCUGGACUUGUAUCCACCUGGAACGUCUGUUAGAACUUUGACAUGUUCCUUUUGCAAUGUUGAACAGCCUCCACGAGCGAAGCAUUGCCAUGAUUGUGAUAGAUGUGUUCUUCAGUUUGACCAUCAUUGUGUUUGGCUUGGGGCAUGCAUUGGCUGGGGAAAUCAUUGUCGAUUCUGGUGGUACAUUUUCGAAGAAACUGCACUAUGCAUUUGGACUGGCAUCUUGUACAUCACAUACUUGAAGGCUAACAUCUCAAGAGCUUGGUGGAAGGAUGUGAUUAUGAUCUUGCUAUUGGUUACUUUGUCAUUUGCCUUGAUCUUUCUCCUGCUGCUCCUCAUUUUCCAUAGCUAUCUUAUUCUGACAAAUCAAACUACCUAUGAACUCAUAAGACGUAGACGCAUUCCAUAUCUAAGAGGAAUUCCUGAACGAGUGUAUCCAUUCAGUGAAGGAGUUUGCAGAAAUUUAUACAAAUUUUGUUGUGCUCGAAGCAGCAUAUACAGUUUGGAAAGAUUACCCACGGCCAUGGAACUUGAAGACAAGUCAAGACCAUACACAUGCUUAGGUUUUUUGACCUGCCGUUGUUGCUGAGGUUGUGAGGGCAUUGUGAUAUUAAUGAAAACAUUUUGCCUCCAAAUUUGUUUUUGGAUCUCCAUGUGAAUGUGUGCCUGAGCAUCCAGUUGUUUUAGCUACAGAAUAUGGCAGCACGGAUGGUUAAGUUGGAGCCCUUUGUGGGCCUUUAGGUUUUUGUAGUCUGAAUUGGAUGUUGAUUGUAAUGUUUGUUUGAUGGAGAUUUUCAGAAUUGUUUGUGUACU